UCUUAUAUAUAAAUGUGAAGUUCAAGGCGCGCCGCUCAUUGCAAGUUAUACUCUCGCACUAGCAACACGCACUUUCACCGGUGACAGUUAGCUACCUUGUGGAAGACAUCGAUAAGUGUUCAGUGAUUUUAGUGAUAUUGCCCUUUGGAAAGAGAUAAGAAUGCAUCAGAAGGUGACAGGCUGGACUCUGUUGGUCCUCAUCAGUUCGUCCGCUGUUCUACACACGCUUGCUUAUCCACAGCCUCAGGCGCUUGUCUCACAGGCAACAAGCAAUGUUCGGACACAAAACCUUCAGUAUUACAGUAAUUCAUUGCCACUGCCUCAUCGAGAACAAAUAGCCGAAGAGCGGAAAUUUGCCGAGAAACCCAACGCGUUGAAGAAAGUUGCCUUAGAUGAUUUGGACGACAUACAAAAUAAUUCUAUUUCGGAUGGCGGCUUUUCGUGGUCAAACAUGCUGGGUAUGAUUAUGCAUAUGAUCUUCAACCCUGGCGGUAACGGACCCAACAAGAGUGAUAACUUGGACACUGACGUAGGAGCGCCGUCUACUUGGGCCAGCUUAGUGUCUAUGGGUUUCAAAAUCUUGACUGCCAUUCUCGGAGGAGGGGCGUCUAAUGAUGGCAUCGACAAAGUUGACAACGGAAACUCUCCAAUGCAGAGUAUAUUGGCCGCGGUUCUGUCGACGGUGCUCGGUGCAAAAGAUCCUGACCAAGUCGCCUCCAUGGCAAAGCAGGCUGGAGAGUUUAUAAACAUCGUCGUAAAUCUUCUGGACGCUCUCAAGACUUCGCUAUCGCAUCGGUCGCUAACAGCUCGUUCAGCGGGCCGUAAGGACUCCGUCAGUGAUGCCGCCCUUGCUGGUAUUGCUAUGCUCAAGACCUAUGUGAGAUCCUUCGGAACGAACGAUGACAAAUGCCUUCAGAAGUACGUCUGCGACGCCAACAGUGAAUGUUCCAGCGAUAUCGGACCCAAGAGUGUCUUCUGCCAACUCGGAACAUAUGCUGCAAGCUUCGUUCUGGAGAGACAAUCGUCGGGCUCUUUCGAUCAGUUUUAUGAGGCAGGACGACGUGGUCGUUCCGGCAUAGACUGCCGUCAACUUUACCUCGAAUGCAACGAGGUUUAAUUCUUAAGUUCCAUUUUACGUAAAUUCUUCAGAAUAACUUUAAAACGAUGACAAUAAGGGAUAACAUUGCGUAAAAAGAGGAACAUUAUGCUUUUUUAUAAAAUUUAUUAUAGUCAGCUUCAAAAAUUGAAAAAUUCAUAAGUAAUCCCUGUGUGUGGGUAUAUUGAACUUUCCACUAACACUUUCGACAUUUUUAAAAAAAUUUUACGCUUUUCAUAAACGUUUUAACUAUGCAUGGAUAUUGGCAGUCUAUUAUAAAUUUUAUCCCAUCGCACAGUAUAUAAAAACUGCAUAACGUUAGAUUUUAUUAUUUAUUUAAAUUAUUUAUUUAUUUAACUUAUUCUAGAAGUAAACAAACAACAAAUGUGUAGGAUAUUAAAAAUAUUCCAACUUAAAAUAUUGUAACAUCCAGAUCCUUUGAAUAUACCUAAUGUUUAUGAUGGAAAUUGGCAACGAAUUUGUUUUGUGAUUCCGCCAAUUUUGUGUAAUUAAUGACUGAUGUAAAGGGUGAUAUGAUUAUAUUUGUGUCACUGGAUAGUUAGUAACGAUAUUGUGUAUAUUUUUGUGAUGGUGUGAUUGAGGACGUCCUUGAGUGAAUGUGAUUGUAAAAUAAAAUUUCAAAAUUAA